AUGGAGCCGAAAACACCAUACUCAAGAGUGCCUAAUUUCACCAGCGAUGAAAAGGCCUUGUUAGCAGCCCUAAUAAUGAGUAAACCAAUUGUGGAGUCGAAAGCAACUGACGGCAAGUCAGUUGAUAGUAAGAAAACUGCAUGGGAGUCCAUAACGCAAGAGUUUAAUUGCCAAGCUUAUGUCUAUAAGCGUGAUACCGUUAAUUUAAAGAGGGCAUGGGAUAACAUGAAGGCUUUUACACGUAAAGCUCGUGCAGCUGAACGUGGUAGUUUAUUUAAAACUGGAGGGGGACCCGUAAAACCUACUCUUCCACCACACCAAGGAGCCAUUAUAAGCAUGGUAGAAGAAGUAGCACCUGUUAUAAUUUGUGAAGUGAAAAAUUCAUUUGAUAGUGAUGGAUGCCUAUUAAGUUCACUUGAAGAGGACGAAUUGGCUACUCAAGAAAUCAAACAACAGGCAGCAGAACUAGAAUUACAGACAAAUAAAAUUCUUUUGGAAAAAGCUACAUUAGAAUUGAAGUUUUAA